UUAGGUCCGAGACGCGCGCACGUGCUUUGUACAACGUUCGUUUGUCCGCAGAGCUGGAACGGAAGAGAAUGAGGUAGGAAACUGUCGUUUUGCUGAAUUUUCUCAUCUUGAUCGUCCUCUCAUGACAAACCUGCAAAUCAGCACAGACCAGCGGUGGAAAGAAAUCGGCCUGACAGAAAGUUGGAGCUUCUAGAAUCAUCUUGGCUGUUCACAUUCUGGACCCUUUGAAACCAAAGAGACAAUUCUGUAAUCCACGAUAAUAAGAUGACAAAAUUCAUGUAACAGAGAGAGCUUCUCCUUGACAAAACAAGCAGCCACUGAAAUUAUUUUUUGCUUUAUUUUAGUAGGCUAAGUGGGUUUGAUCAAGCACUUACCAUCGAGGUGGGUUGGCGAGAAGGUACCAGUUUCCCUCUAAGUAGUGGACAUUGCAGGCACAGCAAGAACACGUUCUAGCAGAUUCUAAGGUUGUUUCUCUCUUGCAGACCCGCCUCCAUUGCCUCCACAUCUCCUCACCGUCGAAAUCUCCGUAGCAUCUGAAAUCACAAGAAAAGAGUAGUACAAUGAUCAACAAGAUCUCCUUCGUUGCAAUUCUCUCACUCCUCCUUAUCUUCCCAACUUCUCUCAUUUUGGGUGCUGAAGCAAGUACCACGGGUAGAGACACGCUAGAGCUCCCCAUCGGCAUCGGCGGGGGUGGCGGCUCGAGCAAAGAUUGCGGCAGCGGCAGACUUCUCGAGAACCCCGACAAAUCGGAAUGUCCUCAGGCAAAGAUUCCACUGCUAGGACCAGUUAUACAAGCACCCCUGUUAGCACCAGUAGUACAAGCGCCCAUUGUACAAGAGAUCCUGGACUUUGUCGACCAGAGGCUUGCGCUGGUGUACCCAGUGAUCCAGAUGUUCAAGUCCACAAUCACAUUAGAUCCUCUUGGCAUCACCAAAUCUUGGGUUGGCGCUGACAUUUGCAAGUACAAAGGCUUUUACUGUGACAACCCUCCUGACAAUGGAUCAGCCAUUGCUUUAGCUUCUAUAGACUUCAAUGGCUUCGGAUUAAGUGCUCCUAGCCUAGAUGGCUUCCUCGAUCGGCUCCCGGACAUCGCGCUCUUCCACGCCAAUUCCAACAACUUUGCCGGGACCAUUUCCCCGGCCAUCGCCAAGCUCAAGUACCUCUACGAGCUCGACCUUAGUAACAACAAGUUCUCGGGCCCAUUUCCUAUGGUGGUUCUCGGCAUGACCGAUCUCAUAUUCCUGGACAUGAGGUUCAAUUCCUUCUCCGGGGCCGUACCUGCCCAGAUAUUUACUCAGGAUCUCUACGCGCUAUUCCUCAACGACAACAGCUUCGAUCAGACACUGCCAGACAAUCUAGGGAACGCCCACGUGCUCUACCUCACCUUAGCCAACAACAAAUUCACUGGUCCGAUCCCGGGAAGCAUCACGAGAGCCCUGUCCACUUUGACUGAGGUCCUGUUCUUGAACAACCAGUUCAGCGGCUGUUUGCCGUAUGAGAUUGGUCUGCUGGACGAGACUGUGGUCUUGGAUGCGGGUAAAAACCUGUUGACAGGCCCGCUUCCGCUCUCGCUGUUCUGCUUGGAGAAGGUGGAGCAACUGAACUUCGCAGGGAAUUUGUUCUACGGGAUGGUGCCGGAGCCAAUCUGCUGGCUAGGACUGUAUCGGAACUUGGUGAACUUAUCUCUGUCCGACAACUAUUUUCAGCACGCCGGCCCUUGGUGUAGAGCGUUGAUAGAGAAGGGCAUACUCAAUGUGCAAAAUAACUGCAUUCCCGAUCUUCCGUUCCAGAGGCCGGUGGCUGAGUGUGCACAUUUCUUUGCACUCCCAAGGCCGUGUCCGCGGAUGUGGUCGUACUCCUAUGUACCAUGUAACCAUGCUGAUCUGGAUUCAUUGGUUCCGGGCACUGCUCCUACGCCUUGAGAAUCUUGCUGGCUCCUCUUUUUAUCUUCAAGUCCAAAGAUUUGGAACGAAGUACUGUAACUGUAUAAUUCAAAUAAGAAUGAAUCUUUUUUUUU